AUCUUUGGUUUCGGUCAAGAUCGUCGGGAGGACUUUUUGCUGCUCAAGCUUUUCCAGCUUUCUGUGCAGGAGGAAGUGAGAAGCGCUGCCACUGUUCACGAUAUUAUCCACGGCCACCCUGUGUACAUCAACAGCGCUGUGCCGUAUGUUCGUGCCAAGCUGAACAACUAUGUCCGGGAAUCACUCCAGGGCAUUGUCCGCCGCAUCGUCGACCCUUCCCCCGCUGCUGGAGCCUCCGAUCGACCUCGAGACCGAUCCUCUGCAUUUGGCGUGCUCGUGUCGAGCUCGAGGAAAUUCACCUUGGGACUGCUACAAACAAGCGCAAGGAUCUCAAUUUCCGCGAAGCGAUUGAAGAUCUGCCUACCCGAACUGCCUACGUACAAGCUCUCGAACGCUGCAAGACUGUACACAGUGUUUAUCACUGCCCUGACCCAGUCCGUCAAGCGCAUGCCAUAUAGCAUCCGAUAUCUGGCCAGGGAGACGUUGAUUGCGCUUAAGGAACGGUUCCAGAUGCUACAGAUACGAUGUAUGCUGCAUGCAUCGGCCGACUGGUCUACUACCGCUGUAUCAAUCCUGCCAUUGUUUGCAAAUGUCCGGACCGCGGAUUUUCACUUCCAUGCCCACGAGUUCCUUGACGCCACUGUUCCACCGAAGCCGAUCUACAUAUCCCGAAUGAAAUCUACACCAUGCACGGCUGCUUGGACAUACCAAGAUGCAAUUGCUCCUCCAUCCUCUAACGACCCUCUCCGCGCGAUCUUGUCUGAGCUCGGUGGUGUCCCCAAUCUGGGUUCGGACGAAUUGAAAGAUGCGAGAGACCAAGCGAUUACUCUUGAACUGACGAAUCGACCCACAUGCGGAGGAAAAGACGUUGUGGGUUCAGGCGAAACGGGCGUUCUGAUGGUUCUGAAAGUGCAUCCGGACGAAAAUCUCUUCGAGGCGUUGUUGCGGGAGGUUACUCCAGACGACGAGAUGAUUUGGGAGGACAUCUUGGAGAGCGAGGCGCAGCAUGAGCAGGCUGGACACAGCCGACGGCAGCCGUCCACCACGGUUGGCGAUGCUGCUUACCGCUUGGAUGACAUCAGCUCAUUCAACUUUGCGCAUGUCAAGCUGCGCACGAUCGAGUUCCUGAUCAAGCUCGAGAAACUGGGCAAAGUAUCGCGCAGUGAUGGUUUCCAGGGCAUCCUCAACGCGAUCGCUGCCGACGUGCGGAGCAAGCACCGGAAACGGAUCCAAAGGCAGCAGGAGAUGGAGUCGAUGACCGAGGCUCUGCAGCAUCUGGCUGAGAACAAGAAGCAGCUGGAGGAGAAGAUCAACAGCUAUCACAGUUAUGCUGAGGCUGCGAUGCAGACUAUGCAACGCGGUGGCGGUAAAAAGUGCACGGAAACAGCUGGUACUGCCGUUUACGAAGCAGUACUUCCAUCUGCGAGACUUGCAGCGGUCUGGCGAGACGCCGCAGUUCGGGUCUUUCUUGUACACGGCCAGUACUUGUACGAGAAGGGUAUCCUGCUCUCUGUGGACCAGUUCUCCCCGCGACAGUUCGACAAGCUGCACAUCACGAUGUCGUCGAACACUCCCGGAGUAUUUACACUCCUGCUCGAGUCGGUUGCGACGGGCAUUACGACCAAGAUUGCGAGCGAGGAUGUGAAGAUGGAGGACCUGCUCCAGGCCAAGUACGAGAAACGGCCGUUUUUGUCGCUGUUCAACGGCAAGGCCAAGGUGAACUUUGAGCGGUUCCUCGUCCAGAUCAACAAGAAAUUUUACACAUGAACCAAGAAACAUGCCAACGACUGCGACGAAUUGCGACGACCUAAUUUUCAUCUGUGUUAUCUUACCCACUAUCAUUUGUACCGCUAUGCAUCACUGCCGUGUAUCAGUAAUCGAAUCGAAUUGCUUGUAGAUUUCGUCUCGUAGGGCUACUCGUUUGCGUCGUCAU